GAAGAACCAGGAAACAUUUCAGUUCUUUAUAGUUCUGAGAGAACGAAACUCACCGAGCAAAGUUGCCGAACUCAUAUUUCAGUUUCUUCUGUUUCUGUGCACACGUGGUGAAAUGGCAGAAACCGGCAUUCUAUGGACUCAGGACCAGUUCAUUUGUCCAGUGUGUCUUGAUCUUCUAAAGAAUCCAGUGACCAUUCCCUGCGGACACAAUUACUGCAUGACAUGCAUUUCGGACUGCUGGAAUCAUCAGGAUCAGACGAUUUUCUACAUCUGCCCUCAAUGCAGACAGAAGUUCACUACAAGACCUGCUUUAAAUAAAAACACCAUGCUGGCUGAUGUGGUGGAGAAAUUCAAGACGACUAAAGCACCGCAAUUACUACAGACUAAUAAAGCCGCGGAAACUGGACCUGGAGAAGUAAAGUGUGACGUCUGUACUGAAACAAAGCUCAAAGCCGUCAAGUCCUGUUUGGUGUGUCUGAACUCUUACUGUCAGUGCCACCUGGAACAGCAUGAGAGUUUUUUUAAAGACAAGGGACACUAUCUGAUGGAUGCCACUGGACGACUCCAGGAGAUGAUUUGCCCUCAACAUGGUCGACUGCUAGAGGUUUUCUGCCGCACUGACCAGCAGUGUAUUUGUACGCUGUGUACGAUGUACAAACAUAAAAACCAUGACACAGUCUCAGCUGCGACCGAAAGAACAGAGAAAGAGAGAUGCUUGAAAAAUGCACAGCAAAAGUACCAGCAGAGAAUCCACGAGCGGGAGAAGGACAUGCAGGAGCUGCGAGACGCCGUUGAGUCUCAUAAGCACUCUGCACAGGCAGCGGUGAAGGAAAGCGACAUGAUAUUUUCAGAGCUGAUUCGCUCCAUUAAGAAAAACCGCUCUGACAUGACGCGGCUGAUCCGAGAUCAGGAAAGGGCUGCGGUGAGUCAAGCUGAAGGACUCUUGGAGCGACUGGAGCAGGAGAUUGCUGAUCUGAGGAGGAAAAACGCUGAGCUGGAGCAACUCAAACACACAGAUGAUCACAUCCAUUUCCUGCAGGGAUUUCAGUACGUGUCUGAACCUCUUGAACCUACAGAGAGAAUUGCUGUAACGUCGCCUCUCUCUGUUAAUGAUGUAAGACAAUCAAUCUCUCAAAUGAGAGAGAAAAUAGAGAGGUUCUGUAAAGACGAAAUCAAAAGGAUUUCUGUUAAACACAUCAACGUUGCUCUGAGGCCCAGAAACGACUUCCUAAAAUAUUCUCAUCAGUUCACAUUCGAUCCAAACACAGUAAAUAAACACAUUCACCUGUCGGAGAGGAACAGCUUGGCUACGUACACCGACACAGUCCAGCGGUAUCCUGAUCAUCCGGACAGAUUCGAGGUUUAUUAUCAGGUGCUGUGUGGAGAAGGAGUGCGUGGAUGCUGUUACUGGGAGGUGGAGUGUAACGGUGACGUGGGGAUAUCAGUGUCAUAUAAACACAUCAGCCGCAAAGGAACGAAUACAAAGUGCUUGUUUGGAUAUAACGAUCAGUCCUGGAGUUUGUUACGCUCCGCUUCCAGAUACUCAUUCAGGUGCGACGAUAUGGAGACCGAUCUGCCCGUUUCCAUCGGACACUCUAGAAUAGGAGUGUAUGUGGAUCACAAAGCAGGAACUCUGUCCUUCUAUGGCGUCUCUGACACAGUGACCCUCAUCCAAAGAUUUCAGACCACAUUCACUCAGCCUCUCUAUCCUGGGUUUAGGCUGUACAGUGGAUCAACGGUAAAACUCUGUGAUUUAAAUAUAUAUAAUAGCUCUAUAUAGCUUUCACGUCAGCUUGUUAAUCGUUCAUGAGAUCUGUGAGCACUCAAAACUACUUUUUAUUGUCCGUUUACCAAUGCAGAUUGUUUUCAAUUAAAAACUUCCGAUGAGGUUGAUACUUUUAUGAUCAAAGCUAGUUUCGAACAUCUCGACGAUUUCGGUGUCUAUAUUGUAUCUGCACUUUUAUUGACUAUAAUUAUUAUACAUUUAAGUAUAUUAAUUUAUGUAACUGUUCCUGUAUCUGGAAAAUGAUGGCGAAGAAAUCAACAAAAUACAACGAUAACUGCAACAGCUCACAUAGUAUAUAUGAUAAAAUAAAGUGUGAAGUGGGAAACAAUGGAACAAAUAUAUACUUCAAAUUAAGAGUCAUAGGAAGACUCAGCAUCAAACGAGAAAUAAUUGCAUAAUGUAACAAUAUAUUUUGGCUGUUCUAACUGAAAAUAUAAUCUGCAAGUGUGUUCAUAAUAAA